GGCUGGAGCUGGUUGAUGGGCAGCUUUGCAGGGAGGCAGUGAGUGAGCGGUGUGCGUUGUGUUUAUAAAUGUCUAUCUACAUGUCUACGUACUGUUAGGUGUCACUGAGCUGUCACUUGCGCUGUUGGUGUGACGUCCGUCGGGAUGUCUGGUGACAUAGAGCAGUUGAAGCAGCAGCUGCUGGUGUCCCAGUUUGUGCUGACGGCCGGCUGCGCUACGGACCAGGCUGAGCAGCUACUGCGUGCGGCGCACUGGCAGUAUGAGACUGCACUUAGCGCCUUCUUCCAAGAGUCCAGUCACCCCUACAUCCCACACCACCAAAUGAUGGGCACCCCUGCCAACACUCCUGCCACCCCUCCCAACUUUCCUGAUGCCCUGACUAUGUUUUCCCGCCUGAAAACCUCAGAAAGCGGCUACCUCUCCUCACUGGCCACAUCCCCGCCCCUCCAGCAGGGCGGCGCCCAUUUCUCUCAUGAUCCUAGAAUGCAGCAAACGGGUAUGGGCUUCAGCUGCCCCGGAGGUGCGCAGAACUCCAACGGCAAUCGAGGCGCAGAGGCGAACCCAGCAGCGGAGGCUGAGAGAUGAGAAACGGAGGACCGAAGGACAGCACGAAGGGGGCAGGAUGUGGCAUGUAGACUUUCUAUAGCCGGCUGAACUGCCAAAGGCCUUCCAAGUAUUGCUCCAUAGAGGCACCCGGUAUCUCAUCCUUAGCAAUACGGCAGUGGCGGAGACCUUCUUUUGGAUAAUCUCCUUUACCUCACUUGCCUGCAGAGCAUUGCACCAGCUCCAUCUUCCACCCUAACUAACACUCACUACAGAGCUGCCCGGUCUUCAGCCAUACCUCAUACUGCAUCGUAUGCUGGUGCAGAGUAUUUUUCAGGCUUCGAAGCCUUUGCGGAGCUUACCGAAAGCGGUGUAGGGAUGCGUUUGUCUUUGAUGUCAUUUAACCCCCGGGGAUCCCCAAUUAAUACGGACAUUCCUGUAGCGGUUUUAAGAGUUGAUGACAAUAAAUAUUUUAAACUUUUACACAUGACAAAA